AACGAACCCGAUUGUGUUUGACAUCACGCACAUGCAUGUCAUGCAUUAUUUUAUGUGUGUGCAUGUGCACGCGGGAUUCCCACUGAAACUGAGAGAAAACACAACAGAAAGUUUUUUUACUUCAUUUUUAGAUAAGUGUUCUUCUCAUUUGCUGAUGAAUUUUUAAAACAGUAGGGGAAAGAAGGACCUGAUUUACUUGUGUAAGUUGGACAGUCAUGGUAAUGGCCACCAACCCUCAGUCUGCGCCCUCAGCUGCGCCGGCCGGUGCGCAGAGAACUGCAGCGCCCAACACGUCCGACGCCAAUAUCGCAGGAAACAACGCCGUGGUCAGUCCCGAGUCCGUCGGCCGAGAGUUCGUGCGUCAGUAUUACACGCUGUUGAACCGAGGGCCCGAGCACUUACACAGGUUUUAUUUGAAUAACUCGUCGUUUGUGCAUGGUGGUGUGGACCCUGAUGGUAAUCCUGAGGAGCCUGUCUAUGGUCAGAUGGACAUCAAUGAGAAGAUCUUGUCCCUCAACUUCCGUGACUGUCAUGCUAAGAUCAGGCAGGUGGAUAGCCACGCUACGCUGGGAGAAGGGGUGGUGGUCCAGGUGACUGGAGAGUUGUCCAACAACGGAGAGCCGAUGCGUCGCUUCAUGCAGACCUUUGUGCUGGCGCCUCAGUCUGCUAAGAAGUACUACGUACGCAAUGACAUCUUCCGUUACCAGGACGAGGUCUUCAACGACACCGACUCGGAGCCGGAGAAUGACGGAUGCGGCAGUGUGUCUGAGGGUGAGGAGGCGACCGCUGAGCAGCCCAUCAGCACUGACAUCUCGGUGCAGGAUGCAACGGUCAGUUCUUACUACGAGCCCCAUCAGCCCGUCGUCAGCAAUGGCACGGCCCAUCUGGAAUCACCCGAGACGACCCCGACCAAGCCUGCGGAGAUCAGCGAUCCGGUUGGCAUGGAGAUCACCCAGGAGUCGCCCCCGACGAUAAGCGAGGAGGUUGCCCAACCGCCGGCGCCGGCCAUGGACAACCAUGAGCAAGAACCGGAGGAGGAGCAACCGGAGCCGGAGGAACCUGUUGACAAGGGUCCCAAGGUGCCGUCAUGGGCUGACAAAGCUCGGAAUGUCCCCACGGCUGCCUCCACUCCUCCUAGCUCCAACUAUCCCUCCAUGCAGACUCAACCGGUCCCAAACCAGAAGCCGUCGGAACCCUCGGCCCAAGCCAGCAACCCUGGGGGGCCUCCCCGGGGCGGGGGCAUGGAGCCACUCCCCCAGCGGGAACCCCGGCGAGACCGUGACCGCGAGGGUCAGCGGGACCUGCGGGGGCGCCCUACCGGGGGACGGAGACCGAUGGAGGGCCCGGAGCAAGGCAACCGGCCGCGAGCGCCGCAGAACCCCGACAGUCAUCAGCUGUUCGUGGGGAAUCUGCCCCAGGAUGUCAACGAUGAGGAACUGAGAGAAUUCUUCUCAACUUUUGGCACGGUGUUGGACAUGCGUAUCAACAGGAACACUGGUCCCAAACCUCUGCCCUACUUUGGCUUCAUCGUGUUCUCGGACCGCCUUCCGGUUCAGACCAUCCUGAAACAGAAGACGAAAGGGCCCAUCCUGCUUCGCGGCGAGCACCGUCUGAACGUGGAAGAAAAGAAGACCAAGAGGCCCGGUAGCGGGGGUCCCCCAAGGGGCGGAGCCUCUGGAAGAGGCGGUCCCAGAGGCGGCAUGGGAGGCGGGAUCAACAAAGGAGGUGGUCCUGGGCGUGGUUACAACCCACAACGCUAAGGUUUAGUACAUAGGGGAUUUACGAAACCUCGACUUUGUCCCCGACUUCAGUUUCCGGCUCCGUUGUGUUUGAUUUCAACAAGAGUCAGGCAAAUCAUGGGCUGGAGACAAAGUCGAAAUGAAAACGGGGUUUCGCAAAACUUCUAGACUGAGGGUAGUGAUUGGUGUUGAUUGAUUGGUUCAGUGGGCGGAGACUGGAAUCAAACGGGGGGGGGGGGCAAAUGUAAAAAUUUAUAAGCUGUGCAAAACAAUUUAUUAUCUACUCAUUAAUAGUUUUUCAAGACAGUUUAUUGCACCAUUGAAUUAUAGAAAGGAACAGUUUGAUGGCAACAGCAAAUUGUAGAAACGACGUGAUUUUGUGUGUAAUUUUAUAAUCCUGGGAAGGAAUGUACAUUUGUAGCAGCUGAACACUAACAAAGUAUACUAUAUUAUCUCGACGUGCACAGUCUAUUUUAUUGUGCUGUACAGUGCGGUAAUUAAAAAAAAAUACAGAGACUCGAUGAUGAAAAUAGCGUUGAAAAAAUGUGUUCGUUUCCGGUCUCCGCCCAAACCAACGGAUAAAAAUUACCGAAAAAAUUCUGUGCUGUGAAGUCGUUUUUGUUGUAUGCAAUUCUGAAAGCACCCCUAGUUUGUUUUUUACCCCCAUUUUUUCUAGCGACUAUUCUACACAAUUUCAACAUUAAAACCAUCAACACAGUAUGGAUUGAACAAUAUAAAAUUGCUCUGUUAAGUGUAAUAUUUGUUUUUUAUUUUGAAUUACCAAAUUGACCGUAAGUUAAACGCAUAAAAAAAACCAGUGCCUUCUUUAUCCAGUAUAGUAUUAUCGAUGGAUUUACCUGCAAAAUAUUUAUACAAGACGCAUGUUCGGCAAACACUGGUGAUUUGUGCAUGAGAACAUGGCAUAAAAUGACAUAUUGUUUCCUAAGUAGAUCGGAAAUCUUUGCCAUGACAAUUUGUUUAUUUAUACAUUUUUACAUUUUGGGGGACUUAAUAAGGUGACGUUUGAAUUUUUGCCUCUGUAGUUUGAUCUCAAAAGGCUUUUUUUACACUAGACAAAUCUUGGCGCGAGGUUGCAAACAUGUGGCUUUCACACUUGACAUUUUUCAGCCCUACAUCAACCCUGAGAUUGAUUUUGCCCCGGGUUGAACUCAACCCUGCUCCAGAACAGGGUUGGGAUUUUCGACCCAGGUUGAAACUCUCGCCAGGGUUCAAAACAGUAGUAACCAAGUGAAAUAAGCUUGGUUUGCACGAAACAAGUGUGAAACGAUGCGGGGUUGAAAAUUAAAAAGUCAAUUUGGGGACCCAAGGCCCGGGGUUGAGUUCAACCUUGAUCGAGUUCAACCUGGGUCGAGUUCAACCCGGGUGGAAUUCAACCCGGGUCGAAUUCAACCCGGGUCAAGUUCAACCGGGGUCAAGUUCAACCCAGGUCGAGUCAACCCGGGUCGAAUACAUCCCGAGUUUAGAGGCUCUAGUGUGAAAAGGCCUUAAGCAGCGAUGUCUAAAAUUGCCAAAAUCAGCAGUUUGUCAGAACCAGUUUGUGCAUAUGGCGUCAUUAUUAAAAGCCCGUUUUGUUUUUCAAAAACCCUAUUUUUCUAAAUGCAAAAGACAAGCGUCUAUAUGUAAUAAUCCUACUUGUUGACGCGGUUUCAUCAGAGAUUUCCUUGUUGUUCAUCCGCAUUCAGAAUUGCAUGCAGAUCUGUUUAUAUUUUCUGUAAGUCCUUUUUUUUCACCAUUUUUUUUUUAAUGGUUGAGCACUACUUACAAUUUCAUAAUCAUUUUUUUUCCACUAAAAAAUGUCUGUUUUUUAUAUCAACAACCACUCCCGACCUUUCUAUAACUAGUUGUUUUUUUGUUUUUUUCAGAACAUUUCGUGUAUAAUCUGGACUGGUUUUGGAAUGUAAAUUUUAGAUUAUGAAAAAUGCUGACUAAAUUGUAGUUGCUUGUGCAAAACCCAAACCCCAAAAUUUUGAAAUGGGAGCAUCGUUUUUUCUUCAGUUUUUGGGUAGCUGUUAAAGAAGUGAACACGUUUUCUGUAAAUGAAGAUCUGAGAAGAUCUGCUCCAGGCUUUAAAAGCAAGGGCAAAAAGAUGUUUUAUUUUGUCAUACCACAAUUUUCUUGUGAUUAAAAUUUCCCAACUUAAAAUUCCGAGCAAAUGGUAAGGUUACAAUAUUUUUAUUUUGAAAUCUGAUUUCUUGAAUAAAUUCUUAUUAUUAAAAUUUACAAGUUCACAUUAUUGAGGAUAAACACGAAAAGAUACAAAGCUUGCCCAGUUGUGGAAGGGUUAACCCUAACUCCCUACUGGCUUUUAUGAAGUACCGGUUUAAGUCCACCAAAUUUCAUCAAUCACUAGUUUCCAAUGCAUGCUUUGCCUCCAGGCCCAAGCCCAUCAUACUCAAUCAAAUUUAGUCACACCAGGCCUGCAGGACCAAGUCCCCCAAAUCCACCAAAAAAUCAGGGGAUGGAUUUCGGUGGAGUUGGGGGAAGUUAGGUUUAAAGUUCAAAAUUUCACCCAAAAAGGAAACAAUAAAAUUAAUCCUUGAGUUAUCUUUAAAUAUGUCGAAACCUUUUUUUGUUUUUGUUUUCGGUUCAGAAUCUGCAAUUUUUUUUUUCUCAAAUGAAACAUUUCUGGUGCUUAGGAAAUUGAUUGUGUAGCAAUUUCUUUGAAUACAGUAUACAGUAAGUGGAUGUGAAGGUCUCGCAACUAUUCUGUUGCGUGAUCUUUGCCUUCCUAAGAUUUUUAUUAUUAUUAUUAUUAUUAUUAUUUUUUUUUGGUUGAGAGAGGAGUGAGGGUGGUUUGGGGGGGAGGGGUAGGGGAGGGUAUGUCUUGUACAUGUAUUUGGGGUGGGCGGGAUAAUUAAUAUUAAAAGAAAAAGGAUUUUUUCGGAGGCAGGAUGUCAGAUGGCUGCAAGGGGAAAAAUAUCAAAAACGUAAAUUUGUGGCAAAAUUUGUAUGCGUUCAUACUGGCAAAAAUCGACGAAAAUAUGGGAAAGAGUUUUGUACAUUCAGAUAUGGAUGUCAUGGGGUGUUCUAGCUAUGGGAGAUUUUUUUUAUCAAAAACGGGGCAGGGAAGGAUAUUUUGGAGGGGUUUGAGGAAGUUAUGAUCCGGUUGAAAGUUCUGCAACAAGUUAUAGCCUGAUCAAACUUUUUCGCAUUGUCAGGUUAACACUUUCACUUUAGAAAUCUCGCUAUUGACGUAUUUCUUGGGACAUUGAUCAUAACCAAGUUUCCAGGGAACCAUUUUGCUAUUGAGACAAUAGUAAAGACUUCUGUGUUAUUAAUGACACACAAAGUGAGACGUAUUUGGGGGCUAGUACGAUGAACACUAAAUUUUGUAAAAAAAAAAAAAAAAAAAAGGAAGAAAAAAAGGGAAGUGAUUUUGUUAGGUAUUACUGUGUCUGUUUAUGUGCAGCGUGAGGUUCCACCUCGUUCGGGUUGCUUGUGAAGAGGACGCUUAUUGUUUACAGAGAUUCGUCGGUCGACAUAUUAUUUAUGAGAUAGUUGCACUUUAAAGCCUUGAUUCUGUGUACGUGUUAACGUGAUUGUGUGGCAACAUCUUGUUAAGGUUGGAAGGUUACUGCUGGUUUCCUAACCAGUUGUGUACAGCUUUCAACCAACCAAGAAAAAAAACAGACUUUUUUGUACACCUGCAAGUUUGUAGUCUGUUUUAGAUACUUCAAACUAGCAACGAUGGCAUACACACACAGACGUGUUAACACCAGUAACCUGUUUUUUGUCACACUUUCUAAGAUGACCAGACGUAUUUUCUGUUUCGUUUAUACUUGUUUAUAGAUACACUGUCUCGUAAAUGAAGAAAAGUCAAGCCAAUUGCACUGGUUUUGUUGGUAAACUUCUGCCAGUUGUAAGCAUGAUCAGCGAUAAUUCUGGUGGAGAAAAGUUAGGGGUGUUGAUUUUGAAACUUCAGAACUUGCUGAAGUUCGACUACAUGUUAAAGCAGACAGUGUUCAUGGUUAACAUAUGUUAACUAUAAUGUUUAUGGUUAACAUAUGUUAACUUUAUAUGUGAACCAUAGCAUGAGUCCUAUUUUAAUAGAACAACUUGUUUUACACUGAAUAAGUUUGAAUCUUGUUUUACAUCCGGCAUUUUCCAAAUAAAACAGUGCAUCUGGCUUUAAAAAAAAAUAAUUAAAUUUCUGUUGUUACUUUACGUUUUUGUGGUCUGGUGUAAGUACGGGAAAAAUUUGGCAGUGAAGCAUGGGUGAAUGAUCGAACAUCCUGGACAUGAACAGCUCAUACCGUUAUGUGAAACUGUAAAUGAUUGGUUGGGAUUUUAACUUAAUUAUGCGUACAUGAAGAUAACGGACCAAUCAAAAUGAUUAACUAAAUAGCACAAACUCACAUAUGUGUAAUGUAUAAUGAUUGGUUUAAAUCUUGAAUUUUGUUUUUUAUUCAGCCAAUCACAUGAGAGCUGACACAAUCGUAUCUGAUUGGUCAAUAUCCAUCUGAAGACUGUCAGUCUUUUGUAACAGUUCACAUGAUUGGACAUGUUCAAACUUGGUUAAGAGCACUAUCCAAUCAUGAUCAGACUUGCAUGUGUACAUGGGUAGUUCGUGAAAAUGGUAAGGAUCUGCCACCGUGGUUGUCACGAUGCCAUUUUGGAGCCCACUUCAUGUUUAACAUUAAUGUUUUAGCUCAAAGUUCCGAUUGAGCUCAUGUCUGUUUAGCUGUUGUUGUUAUUAAAGGAGAAAAAGAAAAACACAAUUCUUGAACAAGCACGGAAUAAGUCCAGUUUGGAACUGUUAUUUGUGAUCAUAACCAAAAUAAUUUGCCAACAAUUUUAUGAUAUUUAAUACUUGUACAUUUCUUUAAAAAAAAAAAAUAUAAGAGAAAGCAAUGACAAAAGACAGAAGUUGGCGUAAUUUCCAAGCAGAUUCUAAACAAAAAUAAUCACAGUUAUUUUGCCGUGACAUUCCGUGCUUAAUUAUAAAGUUGAAAUACUUUAUGGACAAAGCAUUAUCAAAGGUAUCUCUUUGUUGUAAAUGCCUUUUAAGCUGACGAAAAAAACUGAAACUGUGGAAUUUUUCGUUUGAUCUCAAAUCCCCCCAUUGUUUUGUAUUUAAAAUUUAAUGCAAUCCAUAAUUAGGCCAAAUUGAACUUAUGUUUUCUUUCCUGCAGUUGAGUUUAAAAAAAAAAGGUUUGUAAAUCCCGGACCUUUUUUUACACUAGGUUGUGGAUUUUUUGAACACAGGGGAAAGUUAUGAUGUUACAGUCUCGUGAGGCUAGUGGUGGUUUUGUGGCAACUAACUUCACUUACCUCAAAACAUGUCUGCUCGAUACUUUGAAACUUCCUGGAAAAUUUGUUUUCAUGAAAUCCUUCUUGUUUUCUCCAGUUGGUUCGAAUCGUACUCCAAUUCAAAUCAAGUGUGUUCCUCAAAAUGUUUUUGGUAUCGACGACAUUUUACCGAGACCUGUUUUGAAAUCAAACCUUUUCCCAGUAGACAGGCACUCCACUUACUUUGUGUUCAAUAUACAGGAAAGAAGCCGGGGUACUAUGCUGGGGGUCAUAGUUCAGGCUUAUAAAAAUCAGAGUAUCGUGUUGGCAUGGCUACAUAUCUGAAGUUAGAUUUUGCUAAAACUUUCCACUGUGUUUGCUUUGUGUAGAACCGACUGAUAUGACAUGUAAUGCCAUAUGUGCUUUAUUUGAGUUGCGAUAGUAUAAACAAUAAACCAGGUCCCUUAUUAGACAUCUAUUGACACAUUAA